UGCAAUGAAUUUUAAGCAUUUCUUGAUUAGAAGAUACUAAUGCAGUUUUUGUUUUAAGACUGAAAUAAGCUGGGCAUGGUAGUUGAUGGAGGAGGACUAGCCAAGAGUUGGAGGCCAGCCUGGGCUACAUAGUGAGCUCAAGGCCAGCCCGAACUACAUAGCGAGACCCCUGUUUUCACAAAACAAAAAAAGGACUGAUUGAAAUAAAAAUAUUUAGACAGUAGGACUUAGAGACUGAUAGCUUGAGAAACAAUAUCCUAGAGGUUAAGACUAGCUUUCCAGGCUGGGCAUUGGAUUAAUGCUUGUAGUGGAAUUAGAUCCUAGCACACUGGGAGGCUGAGGCAGGAUGAUCACACAUUCAAGCUCAGCCUGGGCAGGUUAGUAAAACCUUGUCCAGAAAAGAUCUAAGGAUGUGGAUCAGUGUGAAAGUCAGUUUAGUUCCCACUACAGGACUCUGGCCCUGUCAACUGUCCAUGUAGGACGAAGUAAGUCACUUUAGUGUGCAUGUCAGCUGUCCUCACCUCUGCCACAGUGGAUCACAUUACUGUACCUCCUGUGUAGUACUACGGUGAGAAUAAAUGAGGUAUAAGAUGCAGGUAGACUUGUUAGUGCCUCAGUGAGAGCUGAUGUCACGAACAGAAGAAAGAUGGAAGGUUGGAACGAUGCGAUAGUGUUCAAAUGUGUUUAAAUGGCUUUUCUUUCCCUGUGUGGGUGCUAAAUAAAAGAAAGCCCGAGGGUCUGAACACUAUCUUGAGCAGGCUUUGGAUAGGUUUUUACUUAUAUAUUUUUAUGGGUAGCUUCAGGUGAAUGUAUUCGGUAGAAGUUGGCAGAACUCAGGAGAGUCCGUGGAAGAGGCUUUAAGCUUUGUGCAAUUGUGAGAUGCUGUGGUUUGUUUUAAGCCAGACUGGGUAGAAAUCUGUUGCGUUAGGUGUUGCCACAGGUAUUUUAUAGCAGCAACAGGUAUUGCCUAUCAAAUUGAUACAAGAGAAACAUUUCCUCAGCCAGUUUGUUAAUAUGUUCAGAUGGCUGUAAAGGAAUUUACCUAAUAUUUAGCCCCCAAGAAGCAACAACUGAAAAAAUAGCUCAAAGAAUGGGUGUUCCUAAGUAGUGGAUUCUACCAUCAAGCACGCAUGAAGUAGGUUUGGUGAGCCGCUGAGCUUUUGGGUUUAUUUGGGGUUCUUGUUUGUUGGUCCUGGGGAAUGAAUUCAGAGUCUUUACACUGAGGUAUAUCCCAUCCCUUUUUAAUAUUUUAAAAUUAUGAGACAGGACCUUGCUGAAUUGCUCAGGCUGGUCUUGAAUUGGUGAUCCUUCUGCCUCAGCUUCCAGAGAGCUGGGGUUACAGAUAAGCUAAGCUACUGAGUUUUAAAGGUAAAAGCGAAAAUUUCCUAUUACCUGGACAUAGGUGCUGUGGCAGUUCGAUUACAGAGUAUGCGUGGCCCUGAAUUGGCCUACUUGUGAUUUGCGGAGUUAAUGAUUAGCCCAGCAGUCGUCUGAACCACUUACUUCCAUGAGGCUGCAAGUAGUUCAUCUGCAGAGGAGUACAGAAAGCACCAUGUCCCCUUUGCUCCUGCAGGCUGGCCUGGUGGUUCUGAAUCUAGUGACAGCUGCUAGGAGCCAGAAGACAGAGCCUGUAAGUGGCUCUGGGGAACAGCCGCCCCACCGAGAGGCUGAUCGCCAUGACUUUGCCAUCAUGAUCCUCCCAGGGGGCACAGAAUGCUUUUGGCAAUUUGCCCACCAGAAUGGAUACUUCUAUUUCAGCUAUGAGGUUCAGCGGAUACUAGGGAUGUCACACGACCGGCAUGUUGCUGCUACAGCACACACCCCACAGGGUUUCCUCAUAGAAACUUCCCAGGAUGUUCGGGGUCAGAUUAACUUCUCUACCCAGGAACCAGUGGAUCCCCACUUCUACCCCAGUUUCAAGUUCAAGAUGGAGAGUACACGAAAGGUGCAGAGCAAUGUCUUUCACAUGUGGCGAUUCUACAACUUUGCUCGGAUGAGGAAGAUGGCGGACUUUUUUCUUCUUCAGUCAAACUAUAACUAUGUGAACUGGUGGUCAAUAGCCCAGAGCCUGAUUAUUGUUCUGUCUGGGAUCUUGCAGCUGUAUUUUGUGAAACGUCUCUUCAAUGUUCCAACAACUGACGCAAGAAAGCCAAGAUGCUGACUAUAGCACUUGGGCUUUUCUGCUGGAGUCAUGCUUUGUCAAAACUUUAGUUAACUCAGCUUUCUAAAUUAUAAAAAAUUAUUAGGGUGUGCUGUGCUUAUCAACAGCAGCAAAAUAGCAAUAAGGGUCAUGAAAAUGUCAAUGUUCUGAGAUCAUAAAGUAUGUAUCAACACCUUCCUGGUGGCUUAAUCCACUGGUGA